AUGGCUUGCUUAAACCACACUGAUUUGAAGGGGAAGAGAAUGCGAAUAAUGUGGUCUCAGAGGGAUCUUGGUGGUUUCGGAAAUCUCUUCGUUAAGAAUCUGGACAGCUCGAUCACUAGCAGUUGCUUAGAGCGAAUCUUUAGCCCCUUUGGAGCAAUACUUUCUUGCAAAGUCGUUGAAGAGAAUGGCCAAAGUAAAGAGCAAUCUGCUGUAGCUGCUCGUUGUGCUCUCCAUGGCUCUAUGGUUGAUGGCAAGAAACUGUAA